AUGACAGCAGAGACAAAGUUGGGCACGCUCCACCUCCACGCGCACCCGGAGCUGUCCUUCGAGGAGCACGAGACGGUGGCGUACAUCCGGUCGGUGCUGGAGGGCUUUGGGUGUGCUGCGCUGAGCAUGUCGAACCCUGUGCCGACGGCGCUGGUUGCGGACCUUGUUGGCGGCGCUGGUGCUGGGCCGAUCAUUGCGCUGCGUGCGGACAUCGACGCGCUGCCGCUGCACGAGGAGACGGACGUGCCGUUCAAGUCGCAGAGGGCGAACGUGAUGCACGCGUGCGGGCACGACACGCACACGGCGAUGCUGCUUGGCGCUGCGAAGGUGCUGUGCGCGCACGCUGCGGAGAUCUCUGGCACGGUGCGGUUCGUCUUCCAGCACGCGGAGGAGCUGCCGCCCGGCGGUGCGGUGGAGCUGGUGAAGCUGGGUGUGCUGGAGGGUGUGAAAUGCAUCUUCGGCCUGCACGUGUCACCGCACCUGCCAACGGGACGCGUGGGGACGAUGGGUGGUACGAUCAUGGCCGGCGGGGACAACUUCGCGCUGCGCAUCCGCGGCCGUGGCGGCCACGCGUCGACGCCGCAGCUGCUUGUGGACCCUGUGCCGAUCGCUGCGGAGGUGGUGACGGCCCUGCAGACGGUCGUGUCGCGGCGCUUUGACCCGAAGGUGGUGCCGGUGUUGUCGAUUACGACGAUGACGACCGGGCCGAACGAGAGCCACAACGUGAUCCCUGACGAGGUGAAGCUGCUGGGGACGGUGCGCUCGUUUGCGCGGGAGGUGCGGGAGCGGGCGCCCGCGCUGAUCGAGUCGGUCGCGAGGGGCGUGGCUGCUGCGCACGGGGCGACGGUGGAGUUUCGUGUCAUGCCGGGGUACGCGUGCACGGUGAAUGACGCGACGGUGGCCGCGGAGGUGGCUGCGAUGGCGCGCCGGGUGCUGGGCGAGGACAAGUUUGUGCCCAUGACGCAGCCUGUCAACGGCGGCGAGGAUUUCUCCGCGUACUUGGAGGCGAUCCCGGGCUGCUUCGUGUUUGUGGGCAUGCAGAACUUGGCGGAGGGCUACGGGGCCUGCUCGCUGCACUCCGCGCGUGUAAAGAUCGAUGAGAAGGCGUUCCUGACUGGCGUGCGGCUCCACGUUGGCUUUGUGCAGGAGCGGCUGAUGCAGUAG